UCCGUUGAGGCGCACAUCCAGGUGGCGUUUCCGGGUUCCUUUGUCCCUGGUGUCGCAGCCUAGCUCCUUCCCUCCCCCCUCAGAAAAUAAACAGAUUGGACUUUUCCAAAUGGCCCAGUUCAAGCGCCAGAAGCAGCUGAGAACCGGCAGUCAUCAGGGAUCCAGAUCAUUCCCAGGAACCCAACCCGCCUCUUUAUUGGGACCUGCACCUGGCCUAUUAAAUCCUCCUAUCUCAGCAGAUAUUAUCCAGGCAACACGGCAUCUUCAGGGGGGAGAGAAGCAGCGAGUUUUUACCGGAAUAGUCACCAGCCUCCAUGAUUACUUUGGAGUAGUGGAUGAUGAAGUUUUCUUCCAGCUAAGUGUUGUCAAAGGCCGGAUGCCACAGAUUGGUGAGAAAGUACUGGUAAAAGCUGUCUACAACCCAAGUCAGUCAGUCCCCUGGAAUGCCUUGAAAGUCCAGACGCUGUCAAAUCAGCCUCUCCUGAAGGCUCCCACGCCUCUUCUCCAUGUGACUUCCUUGGGACAGAAGCAAGGCAUCUUGGGAUCCCAGCCCCAAUUGCUGUUUCAGCCUCACCGAAUCCCACCUCUGUUUCCCCAGAAACCCAUGAGCCUCUUCCAGGCAUCUCCAUCACUCCACCUGGGUCAUCUUGGGAGAUACACUGGUCGGGGCCCAAAGGGCAGGCAGGAUUCAGGCAGAUGGGAUGACUUUGAUUCCAAGAAGCGGAAGCAGAAGGGUGGUGAGCCAUGGGGAGUGAAAAAACCACGGCAUGAAACCCCCCAGUAUCGGGUCCAAUUAGCUUGCUAUACAGUGAACAGCCCCUUCUGUGAUGCCAUGGAAAUCUUGAGGCGUUACAGCAGUAUCCAGUUGCCCAAGGAGUUCUACGAUGUCCGCCUCAGCUGGUUGGAUACCUUUCCACUUGCUCAGCCGCUGACCCUCAAGCAUCCCAGCCGUAUCCAGGUGGCCAGUCCUACCGAAGAGGUGCCUCCGAUUGAUGAGGGCACUGUCCAGGUUACUCAGCCGGAGGACACCAACUCUGCAUUCAGUGCCAAGGUUUUGCUGCUAUCUUCUCCAGGCGUCGAAGAAUUCUACCGUAAUUGCUUGCUGUACACCGAAGAUUCCAGUGAUCAGAGGGAGAAUCCUGAGCACCCAACAAAGCAAAUUAAGUUCUUGCUGGCAAAGAAAGCAGAUGAAGCAGUGCUGAUUGGAGGGGAAUGGUCCCCAUCUCUGGAUGGUAUUGACCCAGCCACAAACCCCAUGGUGCUGAUUCGCACAGCCAUUCGUUGCACCAAAGCACAGACUGGAUUGGACCUGAAUACCUGCACUAAAUGGUUCCGGUUUGCCGACUUCAGAUAUCUGCAUGAGGGAAGUCCUUCUUGUCAAGAGCAGACGGUGGUCUUUCUGCCAGACAUCUGGAGCUGCAUGCCUUCUCUAGAGGAAUGGGAAGCCUUGUGCAAGCAGAAAGCAGAAAAGGCUCCACCACCAUCAGAAGAGAAAAUAGAAAUGGAAGUUGAACCUGAACAGGGCUCCAAGCCAGCCACCGAGGAGGAGAUGGAGGCCAACGAGCAGGAAGGAGACUCCGCUGAAUCUGCCCCUGAACCAGCUCUUGAACCUCCAGCAACCGAACCAGAGGCCCCAACCGCCCCACUGGAGCCUGCCAUCAUCGCUCACCCCCAGCCACCACUGCAGGGUGGACAGCCCAGCUGCACCAACAUCUCCCUGUGCACCCUGCUGGAGUACAGGCAGCAGCGGGAGAAGCUCUCCUUUGAGGUGGCAGUGGUGGCAGAGUUCUUCCAGGAGAUGCUUCAACGGGAUUUUGGCUAUAAGCUCUACAAGGCACUAGUGGCCCUACCCGAGAAAGAAGAGCCAUUGGAAGCAAAGAACCCUGAACCAGAGAAAGCAGGUGAACUAGAGAAGGAGGGAGAGAGUGAGCUUAAAGAAGAGUCUCAUGAGAGUCUAGAGGCCGAGGAAGCACCUGCCAAUAACCAGGAGGAUGCUCAGAAGGAGGAGGGAAACAAUGUAGAAGAGAAGCCUGCAGGUCAAGAUGGGGCCAGUGCCCCCAAGGAGAAGAUCAGCGGGAGCGUCAAAGUAGACUCAAAGGACUCCACGGAAGAGCUUUGUGAUCUAAGCCUGGAAGAUGACCUGCUGCUCCUGAGAGAGGAAGAGGAGGAGGAUUUUGGUGUCAAGUUGGAAGAUGCUGAAGUGAGAUCAGUUGCAUCCAAUCAGUCAGAGAUUGAGUUCUCCGCACUUCAUGAUGUGCCCAAAGAGCUGGACCCAAGUGCUGUGUUGCCACUGGAUGCCCUCCUUGCCUUCAUUUACUUUGACUUGAAUUUCUGUGGCUAUCUGCACCGGAAAGAUAUGGAAAAACUUCUUCUCUCUUUGGGGCUGCAUCUCUGCAAAGAGCAGGUGAAGCGCCUGGUGAACAGGGUGGUGACGCAGUUCGUGUGCCGCUACCGCAGCCUACGCUACAACCGGCAGGAAGGGACUGAACCAGGCCCUGAUGAGGAGCCAUUAGGGAACCUUGCUUUGCUGCCUUCAUCAUCCUCCCUUCCCAAGGGUUCCACAAAGCCAACUCUAGAGACUCAGUCCGGUAAUCUGGUUUCAUACAACGGAGCUGUCCUUAAUAUUAGCAAACUGCUGGAGAAAGCAGAGCAGACAGAAAAUGGUCGCCUGUACCUGGAGAACAAAAUCCACACGCUGGAGCUCAAGUUGGAAGAAACCCAGACCCGUUUUUCAGCGACAGAAGCUUCCAAUAAGGCCUUAGCAUCUGAAGUGCAGGAGCUGCAGAAGCGCCUUGCUGAGAUGGAGGAGCAGGCAAAAGGGACCGAGAGGCAAAAAUCCCAUUUCCAGAGGUUGCUGCAGGAGAAUAAGAAGCGGCUGGUUCCACUGCAGCUGGAAAUCCAGAAGAUCAUUGAGAAGACCAGUAACUGCUUAGAAAAGAAGGAAUCCACACCCACAGCAGUUUCCGGCAAUUGAUGUUCCCCAGAGAAGCAGCUCAGCAGGGAAGUUCUGUGCCCUGGUUUGAUAGUUUGGGGCUGUGGGUCAGUGGUUGGGGGUAAGCCUUUGAAAACCUUCAACUCUUUCACUGCCAGUGAGAAGCCAGAGCUGGCUUUCAUCCUGAACCACCAUUUCCCCUCCCCCAGGCUUGGGGAAAGGGCCGCCUAGUCUAAACACGGCUGGGAUCCACAGUUCAUACGCUGGAGCCACCAUUAUUGUUUAAAGGAUACCCAUUAGGUAGGAGUUUUGAUGGUCUUUUGUGUGAGUGGAGAAGCUGCAGCACAGGUAUUUCCAGGCAGUCUACUAGCAGCAGGCAUCAGAAAAUUGCAUUACUAACCCUGAUGCAGUUGGGAAUGGACAGCAGGAGCCACGCUGCUCCACAGGGCAGAGCAGGGCAUGCCUAGCCUCUUUGUGCUGCAUGGAGACUUUCUUCCUUCAGGCAUCCCCCUUUUCUCCCCCCACACCUAAGCUUUAGCUGAAGAAGGUGGCAUUCUGCUUGCCUUUGGACUAAAAAGGCCACGAAGGAAACAUGAGGACUGCCAGGAAUUUAAAUAUCUGAACCAGUGAAGUGGUUUCAAGCCAUCCCCCCCACAAUGGACCAUACAAUUCAGUUGCUGCAGGCUAGUUUGUGGCCAUUGCUGUGAUGCAUUGGCGGGGCAGUUUGUUGCUGUGGCUUGAAUUUAAAUCCUUGCACAUUCCCAGUGCAGAGUGGAGAGGAGGGGAAUGCCAUUUUGUUCUCUUGAGGUCAGUCUUGGUCACUCAUUCGCCCUGCGUAGCUUUAAAGCCUCAGCAGCCUCUCCUGUGUCUCCAUCAUAGAAAUGCAAGUGAAGUUCUUGAGCACCAGGUCUAGCCUGGGAUGGGGGAGUGUUUUGAGCCAGGCUGCAGAGUGGGCUAGCUGAAAUGCAUUUGGGGGGGAAUAGCAGAUUUCCAGAGAGCUGUGGUAGGUAGCCAGUUGGGUCCCUGUGGUAGUUUUUAGCAGAGUAGUUGAUGGUCCUGGGGUAAGGCAGGAGCUGGGCUGGGGUCCUUCCCCCGGAAUCCUGCAGUAAGCAUUGAUUACAUUGGCUCCCCCCCGUUCCCUCAGGUGGUCUGUCACUUCUGGAUAUGUUGCUUUUAGUCUGUAAAUGUGGUAACAACUUGUAUUUAACUGGCCAAGUUCCCUUUUAUAAAAGUCUCUUCCUCA